AUGGCACAAGAAAGGGCUUUUAAAGAGUUAAACGAGACCGUGGAGGGCUCAUUGCUGCGUGCGUCUCAGAGAGCUAAGCGGAAGAAAGAUGCUUUUGGGCAAGGUCUUGACACCGAGAACACGCCGCAGGAGCUUAUUACGUGUUGGUCACCACCGCACAAACACCCUCGCGCCUCCGUUAAGGAGAAAGAAAACGGAGAGCACAUGUUUAUCCUAGCCAGACGUCCCAGGAAGAAGAUGCAUCAUCACACGGGGUUGUGUUGGGACAACCUUCCAGAUGAGCUUCUCCUGGGGAUAUUCCACUGCCUCUCCUUGAAAGACCUUCUCAGGACCUCUCGCGUGUGCAAGCGCUGGCAUCGUUUAGCGUUUGAUGAGUCUUUGUGGCACAGUGUGGACUUGGCAGGGAAAACCCAGUUGGAUGCAGAGCUGGGUCAGGUCCUCUCAGCUGGGGUCCUGAGACUGCGCUGUCCACACACUUGUGUUGGGGAACCUCACUUUGGGCAUUCAAAACAACUGCGUGUCCAGCACAUGGAUUUGUCCAGCUGCACCAUCACAACGCCUGUCCUAGAAGACAUCCUGUCCCGUUGCAGGCAGCUGCAGAAUCUGAGUUUGGAGGGACUAGCACUCUCUGAUGGCAUUCUCCAAUCCUUAGCCCAGAACCACGAGCUUAUCAGACUCAACCUGAGUGGCUGUUCUGGCUUUUCCCCUGAGUCAGUGACAGAGAUGCUGAAAUCCUGCACGCGACUGGAAGAACUUAACAUAUCCUGGUGCAACUUCACCAGCUGUCAUGUGAAGGCAGUGACUAACAACAUUCCCUCUAGUGUUACUCAACUCAACAUCAGUGGUUACAGGCAAAACCUUACCAUGGACGAUGUCAAGAGUUUAGUGGAGAGAUGUCCCAAUCUUACAGAUUUGGAUUUAAGUGAUAGCGUGCUUGUGACAGCAGACAGCUUUCCAGUCCUGCAGCAGCUGUCUCUGAGACAUUUAUGCCUGAGUCGAUGCUACCAGAUUCAUCCAGCCGCCCUAGUUGACUUUGAGAAGUUCCCAGAGUUGCAGACACUGGAGGUUUUCGGUCUGAUACAGGACAGCUAUCUGCCCAUCCUUAGUAAAGGCCUGCCACGCAUCCAGAUAAACACCAGGCCGUUCUCGAGCAUCGCACGUCCGUCGCCCUCGACCAGAAAGGACCGCGCCAUGUGGGGGAUGCACUGUCGGCUCGUGUACAAGCUCUAA